UAUGAGUCUAGUGUUUUAAAGGAGUAUUGGUAUUAUCAUCGCUUACAUUUUACCUCAUGAACUUAAUGAUUAAUUUUCUACAAAUAUUUCUCAGUGUUUAUAAUAUUAUAUUCUUGUAUAUUUUAUGAUAGCUCAUGUUCGUUAAUUUACAGUAAAAUAUUGUUUAGUGUUUAAUGCCAUUUGUUUGAUAAAACUAAUAUAAUUUAAAAAAUAUACUUGCUUUCGUAUUAGCUUGUCAUUCGCCAUGCAUGUGACAUAUAAUUAUUCCUGGUUAAUAUAUUCAUGUUUAUUUUUUGGUACCGGUGUUUUGUGUGAAAAAAUGUGUCCACCUCUAGUAUCGGAUAGUUUGGAUAUUAAAUGUGCUCAUAAUGGUCAGUAUGCUAAUUGUUCAAACGUAUUGAUACCCGGCACGAUAGCAACACCAUCAUGUAAGAUAGCAUAUACAGCACUAAAUGGACAAGAAGAGACUCCGCUUGAAUUAAUUUGUCAAUCUAAUGGGACGUGGAAUAAACAACUAUAUAGAUGCAAUCCAAAUUGUGGUAGAGUAUAUAUCGAAAACCAAUUACUGAUUAACAAUGGUUAUGAAGCAAAUAUUGGGACAGCACCUUGGAAUGUAGGAAUAUAUCGAAUAAAUAAAAAUAAACCAAAUUAUGACUUGAUUUGUGGAGGAACAAUUAUUUCUCCAAAUUUAGUAAUUUCUGCGGCCCAUUGUUUUUGGAAAAACGGUAUGUUAUCCAAUAACAUAUCAAUAAACGAUGGUCAAUACAAAAUUGCUGUUGGAAAAUAUGAUAGAAAUUUUGAAAUUAUUGACAAUGACUUUACUCAAAUAAUUAAUGUGGAUAUGGUUCACCUGAAAAAAGGUUAUUAUGGACCUGCUGGAUAUCAUGCUGAAGAUAUAGCUAUUAUUCUGUUACAAAAGAGAGUUUCUUUUAGUAAUGGUGUGGCACCUGCGUGUAUCGAUUGGAAUAGUAAAUACAAUGUUGUCAACGGUGAUCAAGGAAAGAUUGUUGGUUGGGGAAAAACUGAAAAAGGCAUUUUAAGUCCUAUUUUAUUAGAAGCUUCUUUACCAUACAUUGACCAUAGUUCUUGCCGGAAUAUGUAUACUAACGGAUUUGAACAAUUUGUGACUGAUGAUAAGUUUUGUGCUGGUUCUUUAACGGGACAAGGAGUGGGUGCUGGAGAUGCCGGCGCAGGCUUAUGCUUUUUACACUCGAAUUCUUAUUAUUUGACCGGGAUAGUCAGUAUUAAGGAUAUAAGUACAGAUAAUUCAAUAGCUGUUUUUACAGAAGUAAAGCGUCACAUUCAAUGGAUUCGUGAACUGUAUAACAAAUAUAAUUAAGAACAAUAGGAUUUUGGACAAGGAGUGUUUAAAGGGGAUAGCGGUGCAGGCUAAAACUGUUUACACUCUGAUUCUUAUUAUUUAACCGGAAUAGUGAGUAUCAAGGAUCCAAAUACAAAUAACUCAAUCGCAGCUUUUACAGAUAUUAAGUAUUACAUGCAAUGGAUUCGUGGACUAUAUAACAAACAUAACUAUUUAUAAUGAGAUUGUGGUACCCAUAGUGUUAUUAAAAUAAUGUAUUCCAAUUGUAAUGAAAAUCAAUAUCUAUAAAUAAAUAGAUUUUAUCUUAUGUGUAACAAUUUUUAACAGUUCAUAAAUUUGUUAAUUUACAAUAAACAUAAUAAGUACGUACCUAUA